AUGCUAGAAAAGGGAAAAGAUGUUUUGUAUGUUUCCUUAAGAACAGUGGACUCUGUAGAAGGUGCGGCAAAGAGGUUGCUCGAGGUGAAAGGCAUCCCAGUUGACAGGGAUCCUGUCGCGCAAGUAAAAAGUUUAGUCUCAUCCCUUAAAAAAGAAACCAUGCUAGUCCUGGACAAUGCUGAGGACUUGCAAAAUGCAGACAAGCCUGCCUGUAAGCAGUUUUUGGAGGUAGUUGGUGAACAUGGAAAAAAUCUUGUUAUUUUAAUAACAAGCAGGAAUCCAUUGUCAGUGUUUGAUUUUCCUUUCAAAAAGCAUCGCAUUCCUCUGAAGCCUUUAGAUGAUGAAGCAUCAUUUUUCUUUCUGAAACAUUAUGCUCCUAACAUUUCAGACCAGCUUGCAAGACAUUUUGCAAACCAAAAGGUGUGUGGUGGUGUUCCUUUGUUUUUGAAAUUGACAGCAUCAUUCUUGGAAAGCAAGACAAUCGAUCCCAUAGAUCUUCACAGAAAGCUUAAAAACUGUCCACAUGGUUUUCUGAAAGUAAAGGAUCCUAACAUUCAAGAAUUUUUCUCCCUUCUUAAGGUUUUCUACGACCAUUUACGACCUGAAGUGAAAAAGGGUCUUUCUUGGCUAGCUGCAUUUCCAUCUGUUUUCACCAAAAUGGAUGCAAAGAAUGUUUUGUUUUGCAAAGAUGAUUACUUUGAUUUUCAAAUCUUACUGAACAGUUUAGUGUCUCACUCAGUGGUUCAGGAAGAAGAAGUUGACAAUCAUCAGCAGUACAGUUUGCAUCCAUUGGUGCAAGCAUUUUGCAUUGCAUGCAGAGAGGAUGAGUGUAAAGGGUACAAUAUGGCAAUCAGGCUUUUCUCGUAUCAUUAUCUCGCUCUUCUACAACAACUGAAUGAUGAUUUCAUUACCACUAACUGCAAGGUUGCGAUAGACAAGUAUCAGAUGAACAAAGUAAACAUUUCUCAUGCCCUUUCAGCAUCAACAGAGGAUGAAGUUUUAAAAUGUUAUGGAAUUAACGUGUCAACAGAGACUGUGAAUUUCCUGGCAAAAGUCAUGAACCAGGAUGAAUUUAUAUCAACAUAUGACAAGUUUCUGGUGGUUGCAGAAAAGUUGCCUGACAAAACUCUUUUCAGUGAGUGCCUUGUGUCCAUUGGAUUCAAACAGCUUUGUUACUAUAGCUACAAAGAUGCCCAUCGCACAACAGCCAAAAUGAACCUUCAAAAGGCACAUGAUCUGCAAAUUGAUCUUGGAAUUUAUGACACAGAAUGUCAAGGUCACUGCAAGUGUAAGCUAGGGCUUUGCACUUUUCUUGCUGGAGACAGAAAGAAGGGCAUCUCCCUCAUUGCACAAGGUAUUGGUGUGCGUCGCAAGUUGGUGCGCUCUAAUCACUCAGGAAAAAUGGAACGGAUGCUUUUAGCUGGUGGAUUCUGUGACCUGGGAAGUAAGUACUUAUUUUUACAGAUGUAAAUGAUUUUUCCAAAAUUAAGUAUAUGAUUUAUAGUAAAAGUGCUACUGAAGUUAUAUGUAGUUUACAAGCACUCCACUCAGAUAAUCAUAUUUAGACAAAAGACUUGUGAUCCAAUAAACAUGAUUUAAAAUCCCAAUGAGUCAGAGACAACGCAGUUGGCUAUUUUCAUGUGCCAUGAUCAAGAAGUUAAACUUGGGUCAAAUAAGAAACUAAUCUGCAGCUAGUAGGACUUAAAUGGGGACUUGCAACAUGUUGUCCCCAUAUCAAUGGCUUUAGCUGAAUUUUUCCCAGGUGAAACUCAAAGGGUACAGAUUUUUGUGUAUAAAGGCCAUCAGUGACCAGCCUGCAAAGAAAGUAGUCUCCGAUACCCUGGGGCUAGUAGAUUUUACUAUUGAGCUGGUGAAUUCUGUUCUUUGUUAACUCACUGCAAUGAGCAAGUGUAGUUUUUGGGGGAGUUCAAAUAUCAGAGAAGAACUGUAAUUAGUGCGCAUCAAAAAAUUUUUGUGAGCUAGUUGAAAUUACUUUUUGGCUAGUUUAUGCUGGCUACAGCUUGCCUGCAUGGCAAGUUGUAAAUCUGACUUUCUUUGCACCCUGCAUCUGGUGACUUUUGAUAAACUGCAAGGUUUUCCUGCUACUUGGCCUUUUUUGUUGUUGCACAACAAAUUACAGGACAAAGUAUUAUACACAAUAUCAAGAGUUUCAUAAGGCUUUACUCUAUGAACUCAUCAGUACUCUCACUAGAAAAGGUUUAGUUCUAUAUCACAGUCAAGCCUGGUCAAGCAUACCCCCCAAGAUGCCAUUAAUCAAUUUAUUAUGAUUCAAAAGUUGAAUUAAUUUGUAGUUGUAGAUUUCAGAUUCCUUUCUGCAUUCUUGCAUGUGUAAUGAACUGUGAAACACAUAAGGCAGUUAUGAAAUUUCUGCUAGCUCAGUUUCUCUGUAUUGAUAAAUAUGUCUUAGAAGCAAUUUUAUCCAUUCAAAGAUUUUCAAUCUGACCAAAUAAAAAGAAGUUCUCAUAAAAUAUCCACUGCUCUUUAUGCAUGCAGGAAUGCCGAUUUGAAUUUGACACUAGUUAUGGGAACGACUUGUGGAUUCAUUUUUCAAAAUAAUUAUAAUCAAUUCAUUAACAGAGUCUUGGAGGGUAUGCUUGACCUGCCUUGAUUGACUGUAUCAAGUAAAAACUAACGAGAAGAACCAUUUUUCAGUGGUCAUCAUGAUUUUUUUUUCAGAUGAUUUUCCUUGUUUUUUAUAGUGUGUCCCUCUUAUACAUGACAAUAUAUUCUUACUAUGGGUUUUCCUAUUUUUCAGUGGCCUUGUUUACAAGCGGCCAGCACAAGGCAGCUCUCAAUAUUUGGGAGAAUAUAUGUUUGGUCAAGUACCGUGAGCUGUUGGGUACGCACCCCUUCACUGCCUCACUGUUGGAUCACAUUGGUAAAAUUUAUCAGGCCCUUGGUAAACCUCAGCGAGCUGUUGCUUUGAAUAAAGAAUCUCUUAGAAUGAGACACUUACUGUUAGGUAUGCAAGAUUCCUAGUUUUGAAAUGGAAGCAUUAUAUAAACACCUUAAUUUUUUCUAAUAACCUGCUCAUAACAUGUAAUAUUAAAAUGUUAUAACUUUAAGGUAAAUUAUUAAACAUCAGGGAUUAAAAGAAAACUUGAUUUCAGACUUGUCCUUUGGGCAAGCAGCUCUUGCAUCUUGCUUGUCCAUGACCACUGCUUGAUUUUCUUAGUUAAUGAUUUAUCUUGUUUGUAUUAAAUCUCAUGGGUCUUUAGUAUCGUUUGCCCUGUGAAAUGUUAUCCAAAUUCCCGAAUCCGGGAAAUUUUUGCCCAUGGAAUCCAGAAUCUGGGAAUUUUUUUCUUGUGGAAUCGGAAUCCUGGGAUUUGGAAUUAAGGAAUCCACAACCCAAGUUACACUGACAAGGAAUCCAGAGUCCUUGAACUGGAAUCCACAGCAUGGAAUCCAGAAUCUAAGACUCUCUUGGAUUAUGUUAUACAUAUAAAACAUGUUUUGCAUAUGUUAAUUCAUUACACACUUUACAACUCCCUAACCCAAUCCUGCUAUCAAUUUUUUGAAUUUUUCAGGUGAUGAUAAUGUUGACACAGCCAGAGCUUAUUAUGGUUUGGGCAGUGCACUCAAGGAGUUAGGAUCCACACAAGAAGCAUUGAAGAAUUUAAAGAAAGCCCGAGAGAUUCAGUAUCGUGUUAUUGCUUCCAAAGAAGAUAUUGAGAGAACUGAACAAGAGAUCAAUUCUCUGCGAGGAAAUGAUGCAAUGGCAGAGUCUGUAUGUCGCAUGCUUCAAGAGUUGCACCUUGAAACCUUGUAA